AUGGCGGAGGGGACACGUACGGCGGCCACCCCUCCCACGACCCCCGGUAUCCACCCCGGGACCGACCUGCAGCGCCGUGGCCGGGCCGGGCUGGCCGGGGGGGCCGCGAGCGCCUACAUUGUAUCCAGCGGCGGCGCCGUGCCGCGCGUCGCAUUCAAUCAACGCCGGCAGCGCUGCGCGUCACAUCCAAUCAGAUCCGCCGCCGCUUCCGGCCGGCGCGCCGAGGCCAAUCAGCGCGGGCUCCACUGGCGGCCGGAAGCGCGCUGCGGGAGGGCCUCGGGGGCCAUGGCGGGCCCCGAGGAGGGCCCAGAGGAUGGCUUCUACGACCAGUUUGCGGCCGAGCUGGAGGUGCUGGCCGAGCUGGGAGAUGACCCAUCCCCACUCGUCGGCCCCAAAAUCUCCCAGUUCCGAGGGAGGAAUCAGCCACCGGAGGAGCCCGAGCGCCCCGAGGACCUCAUCGGAGACAGCGACCCCGGGGACACCAACUCCAGAAAGAGGGACUGGGGCUGUGACCCGCCCGGCUGCUCGCCACCUCCCGCAGCCCUCACCCCGAAGCCCAAGCGGCAACGCCUUGAAGCUGUUAAGAAGCUCAGCUUUGGUGUGGAGGAUGACUUGGCUCCUGAUGUCCUCUGGGAUGGUGUCCCAGGGUCACUUUCUGCUUCUCAGGCUUCCAGGAACCUGGAGAUAAGUGGCAUGGCCCCGCUGCAGACCACACCACCCUCUGAGAAGAGGAGGGUCCUCAAGCGGCCACCUGUGCUGGAGGACUACAUCAAUGUGACAUCCACUGAGGGCACCAGGGUCUUCAUGGUCCUGAGGGAUGACCCCUCCAGGACAGGGGUGGAGCUCCCCGAUUCCCUGGGCUGGAAUGCACGCAGGCCGCUGCAUUUGCUGGGGGUGCCUUUCUCCUACCUGAAGGAACAAGUAGAUGAAAAGCGCCGAAGGCAGGUUCUGGAGGCGUCAGAGCAGCUGACAGAGGUCAUAAACAGCUGCCUUCAGAGUGAGACCAGUCCUGAGAGCCCAGAGCCCAGUGAGGAAGUGGAGCCAGCAGAGAAGGAGUCUGCACAGCAUUGCCUCUGGGUGGACAAAUUUGCUCCCCGGCGCUACAUAGAGCUGCUCAGUGAUGAUUACACAAACCGCUGCCUUCUGAAGUGGCUCAAGCUUUGGGACACGGUGGUGUUUGGGAAGGAGAAGGCUGUGAAGAAGGCCAAGCCCAGCACUGGAGCUCAUCCUCCAUUCAAGGAGCACCAAACUAAGUGGAAAACAAAAGUGCAGCUCACAGAGGAGAUUCUGGAGGCUGAACUGGACCAACACAAGAGACCCAAAUACAAGGUGGCCCUGCUCUGUGGCCCACCUGGCUUGGGAAAGACCACCCUGGCCCACGUCAUCGCGAGGCACGCGGGGUACAACCCUGUGGAGAUGAAUGCCAGUGAUGACCGCAGCCCCGAGGUGUUCCGAACCCGCAUCGAAGCUGCCACCCAGAUGAGGUCUGUGCUGGGUGCCCAGGAGCAGCCCAACUGCCUGAUCAUCGACGAGAUCGACGGCGCGCCCGCGGCAUCCAUCAGCGUUCUGCUGAGCAUCAUCCAGUGGAGGGAAGCGGAAGGCGAGGGGGCAGGGGGCGCGGGCCAGAGGAGGCGGCGUGGGGGGGGGCUGCUGCUCAGGCCUAUCAUCUGCAUCUGCAACGACCAGUACGUCCCUGCGCUGCGCCCGCUCCGGCAGCAAUCCUUCCUGCUCAGCUUCCCUCGGACCUCCCCAGCCCGGCUGGCCCAGCGGCUCUGCGAGAUCGCCCUGCGGCAGGGCAUGCGUGCGGACACAGGCGCGCUGCUGGCGCUGUGCGAGAAGGCAGAGAACGACAUCCGCGCCUGCAUCAACACCCUGCAGUUCCUCCACAGCCGAGGCCAGAAGGAGCUGAACAUUCAGAUGGUGCAGACGAUUAAGAUUGGCUUGAAGGACCAGAACAAAGGCCUCUUCUCCAUCUGGCAAGAGAUCUUCCAGCUCCCGAGGGUCCCAAGGCACAGGCUCGGGGUGGAGGCCACUUUGCCAGCCCAGCUGCUGGUGGGCGAUGGGGACCUGCCACACCUCGGGGGGGCAGCUGGCUUCACCGCAGCCUCCCUCCGCUUCCACCGCAUCCUGCACCUCGCCAUCUCCUCGGGGGAGCAGGAGAAGCUGGCCCAGGGUCUGCAUGAGAAUUUCCUGAACAUGAAGCUGCAGGACUCCAGUUUCAGCUCGGUGUGCCUGGCGCUGGAGUGGUUGGGCUUCUGUGACCUGCUGAGCAGGGCUGUCCUGCAUGGGCAGAGCUUCCAGCUGCUGAGGUACCUGCCCUUCCUGCCCGUGGCUUUCCACCUGCUCUUCGCAGCCACCAGCAUCCCGCGGCUGGCUUACCCCAGCAGCCAGCACGAGGCCCUGGCCAAGCUGAACCACAUGCAGAACCUGGUCCUGUCCCUGGUGUCGGGGACCACCGCCAGUGCCCGCAGCCGAGCCGGGCAGCAGCCGCUGGUGCUGGAGGUGCUCUGCCUGCUGCUGGACAUCAUUGCCCCCAAGCUCCGACCCGUGAACACCCAGCUCUACAGCCUGAAGGAGAAGCAGCAGCUGGCAGACCUGGUGAGCACCAUGCUGGCCUACAACCUCACCUACCAGCAGGAGCGGCUGCCCGAGGGCCAAUACGGCUACAGGCUGGACCCGAACGUGGAGGACGUCUGCCGCUUCCCAGACCUGCCAGCCCGCAGGCAGCUGAGCUACCAGACCAAGCAGCUGAUUGCCAGGGAGAUAGAGCUGGAGAAGAUGAGGAGGACAGAGGCUGUGCUACAGGCACGCAGCCUGCCAAGGGAGCCUGGGAAUGGUCUCAGUGAAGCCAGGGAGCCAGGGGACAUGAGGCCAACCGAGACCCCCAACCACCAGCAGCGCCUGGAGCACAUCGUCCGGAGAGCAGCGGUGGAGGAGAAGCCUGAGACAGACUUCUUUGGGAGACCGCUCCAGCAGCAGGUGUCCACCACUCUGGCUCCUCAGGCCCCCAGGGAGAAGUCAAUUGAGAUGCAGAUGGGGAAGGCCGUGGGGAGGAGCGACGUCUGGUUCCGAUUCAACGAGGGAGUGUCCAACGCUGUCAGGAGGAACAUCUACAUCAGGGACCUGCUCUAG